AUGGCUGGUGAUUCUAGGAAUGCUAUGAACAAAGACAUGGAGAUAGGAGUCACUUUCCAGGACCACAAGAAGAUUCCCAAGCAGGCACGGGAUUACAUUCCUAUUGCCACAGACCGCACACGCCUGCUGGCAGAAGGCAAGAAGCCACGUCAGCGCUACAUGGAGAAGAGUGGCAAGUGCAAUGUGCAUCAUGGCAAUGUUCAGGAAACCUAUCGCUACCUAAGUGACCUCUUCACCACCCUGGUGGACCUCAAAUGGCGCUUCAACCUUCUGGUCUUCACCAUGGUCUACACUAUCACAUGGCUGUUCUUUGGCUUCAUUUGGUGGCUCAUCGCUUAUGUCCGAGGUGAUCUGGACCAUGUGGGUGACCAAGAGUGGAUUCCUUGUGUUGAAAACCUCAGUGGCUUUGUGUCUGCUUUCCUGUUCUCCAUCGAGACAGAAACAACCAUUGGGUAUGGCUUCAGAGUCAUCACUGAAAAGUGCCCGGAGGGGAUCAUACUCCUUCUGGUGCAGGCCAUUCUGGGCUCUAUCGUCAAUGCCUUCAUGGUGGGUUGCAUGUUUGUGAAGAUCAGCCAGCCAAAGAAGAGAGCAGAGACCCUCAUGUUUUCCAACAAUGCUGUCAUCUCCAUGCGGGAUGAGAAGCUGUGCCUCAUGUUCCGGGUAGGGGACCUCCGAAACUCCCACAUUGUAGAGGCCUCCAUCCGUGCCAAGCUUAUCAAAUCCCGGCAGACCAAAGAAGGGGAAUUCAUCCCCUUGAACCAGACGGACAUUAAUGUGGGCUUUGACACUGGUGAUGAUCGUCUCUUCCUGGUGUCCCCACUCAUCAUCUCCCACGAGAUCAAUGAGAAGAGCCCUUUCUGGGAGAUGUCACGUGCUCAGCUGGAACAGGAAGAGUUUGAAGUCGUGGUCAUCUUAGAAGGAAUGGUAGAAGCAACAGGCAUGACUUGCCAAGCACGAAGCUCGUACAUGGAUACAGAGGUGCUCUGGGGUCACCGGUUCACACCAGUUCUCACCUUGGAAAAAGGCUUUUAUGAAGUGGACUAUAACACCUUCCAUGACACCUAUGAGACCAACACCCCCAGCUGCUGUGCCAAGGAGCUGGCAGAAAUGAAGCGGAAUGGCCGGCUCCUCCAGUACCUUCCUAGCCCUCCCUUGCUUGGGGGGUGUGCUGAGGCUGGGAGAGAUGCUGAGGCUGAGCAGGAUGAAGAGGAUGAACCUAAUGGACUGAGUGUAUCCCAGGCAACCAGGGGCUCAAUGUGAAGUCUGUGCUCUACCCAGAGCCUCUUCUUGCCAGACACCAAGGAGCCUGGGAGGCCAGAGAGGCCAAUUAGUUAAGCAAGCUUAGUGUGGCCCCAGGAGCACGGGAGCUCUAUGGAGAGGAACAGUGUAUUGAGCCCUCACAUCGC